AACUGUACUGCCAGGUGCCAGCGCUACUACUCAGCCGUGGGAAACGCCAUUAUUCAUCGCUCCGCACCGUAUGGUCUAGAGGGCGAGAUUUUGAAUCCUCCGAAUCCACCCUCAGUCGCUCGAAUCUCCGGCAUUCAUUCAUUCAUUCAUCCUCCCAUUCCGGUAGGCUCCACCUCCUACAAAGCCGCCCUCUUUUUUCAAUUUCUUUUCGCUUCCUCCUCCUGCUGCCUAUUCCUGGACUGGAUCAGCCACAACUCCCCGCAUCUCUCUCUUUGUCCUUCUUCUUCUUCCUUCCAGAGCUCAAGAUUCGCGGAGAGAGCGGAUCCUCUGAUCCGAGCUCGCAAGUUAACCGCAAUGCUGCACUGCUCCGUUGGGUUCCCUGCGCAUUUCCCCCGUAGAAUUAACCCCAAAUCGUUUUCGUCUGGACGGACUGGUGCCAUGAUGCUGUAGGGGGAAAUACUGCAUUUCUGUUCUGGGAUAAUGUUCUGUUUUGCUAGCUACUCUUCUUUGGGCAUGUUAUCAUCAUUGUAGUUCACAGAUGGGCACUAUGGUUGAAGGUUGUGUUGGUCCAAGUGAACUUCACUUGAGGAAAGAACUUACUGCUCUGCGGAAGGCACGCUUCCUGCAAGAUCCCGAGACUUGCUCAACAUGGAGGUCUCCUUUGAGUUCUAGGUCACCGGUAGCAACUUCUAACAUUAUACAUGGCAGUGAGGUUGGAGGUAGUUUAGCAUCAAAGCACACUGAGUCAUCUUCUGCACAACCAAAAAGUGAAAAGACAUCCAAAAAGGUUUAUCUGUACAAUUGGAGGCAAUAUUCUAACAAGUCCAGUGAAAGUGGAAUAAAAUUAGAUGAGGAAUUACCUGCCAACUUUAAGGAAAUUCCCUGCAGCUCUAACGGUGUGCGCUCUAAAAGAGAGACAUGCCUGGACAUUCCAACCAGCAUUUACAGUAAUCAAAGCUCAACAUCAUGCACUCCUGUUAAAAGAGUAGCUAGAAGGAGAAGGGGUUUGUCAUCACAGAAAGGAACAAUCAGAAAUCCAACCACUUCAGAGUUGCUAGAUAUUCAUAUCAAAUCUGGUAAUCAAACUGAGGAUACUGAGAAUUGCAACUCAAAAAGUCAAGAGCUGUUUCAGGAGGGUGGUCUCUUUUCUCACUUGACAUCUCCACUCUUUGCUGGAUGUGGAUGUGUCAGCUCUUCUAAUCCCUCUAAACUACUGAAAAUGGACAGAAGAGAUGGAUCUUCCUUUUCUUGCACCCCAGUUUCAACUAGCUCCUAUUACAGGCAUGGAAGAGGAAACAACAGUACGGUUGGUUCAUGGACUGCUACUUCUUUUGAUGGUGAUGAGUCUAAUCAAUCAGCAUUGUGGAGAAGACAGAGGUCUCGUGUCCCGUGUAACUCAUCAAAGAGGGGUAAACAUAAAGGAUCUAGAGGAAGUAAUUAUUCUCCUUCACUAUCUGAUACACUUAGAAGAAAAGGUAGCAGCCUAUUAUGUGGUAGUCAGACAUUGCGUAGCAAGAAGAGGUCAUCUGCUUCGAUGAAAUGGGUCCAUGCAAAAAAAUCUGCCCAGGGAAUGCCACUUUUGGGAGAUAGCUGCGAUUUUGGUUCCUCUUCAUUUGAUUCAUCAAGUGAUGAACUCUCAACCAAUGUAGGGGAGCUUGACUUGGAAGCUUUGAGCCGGUUAGAUGGGAGAAGGUGGUCAAGCUGUAAAAGCCAAGAUGGGAUUGAGAUAGCUGUUCAUGCUGCUGAUCAAGCAAUGUCAGACAAGAGAAGUUUGAGCCAAAAGUAUAGACCAAGUAUAUUCAGUGAAAUUGUCGGUCAAGACAUUGUAGUACAAUCACUUAGCAAUUCCAUUAUAAGGGAGAGGAUAGCUCCAGCAUAUCUUCUUCAAGGUCCUCGUGGAACCGGGAAAACAUCUGUUGCAAGGAUAUUUUCAGCAGCUCUAAGUUGUGCUGCUACUGGAGACAACAAACCCUGUGGGACAUGUAAGGAGUGCACAGAGUUCUUCAGUGGAAAUGGAAUCAAUCUAAUUGAAGUUGAUGCAAGCAAUAGGAAAAGUAUAAACAGAAUUAAGCACUUACUGGAAAACAUACCACCAUCUGCAACUUCAUCCCGGUAUAAGGUGUUUGUUGUUGAUGAAUGCCACAUGGUAUCUUCCAAAGUUUGGUCAGCAUUUGUGAAGUUUCUUGAUGAACAAUUACCUCGUGUUGUCUUCAUAUUCAUAACAAUUGACCCAAACAACUUGCCUCGUGCUGUAAUUUCACGCUGUCAGAAGUACAUCUUCUCCAAGAUCAAAGAUAUUGACAUUGUGUGCCGGUUGAGGAAAAUUUGCAUGAAGGAAAAUCUUGAUGUAGAAUUAGCAGCUUUAGAUUUGAUAGCUCUAAAUUCAGAUGGCUCACUGCGAGAUGCGGAAACAAUGUUAGAUCAAUUGAGUCUGUUGGGGAAAAAGAUUACACCUUCUCUUGUCAAUGAUCUGGUUGGGGUUGUCUCGGAAGAGAAAUUGCUUGAUCUACUGGAGAUUGCUAUGUCAUCUGACACAGCUGAAACUGUCAAAAGGUCCAGAGAGCUUAUGGAUUCUGGCAUUGAUCCAAUUGCAUUAAUGUCUCAGUUAGCUGGGCUCAUCAUGGACAUCAUUGCUGGCACAUACAAAUUAGCUGAUUCUACCUGUAAUGGCGUGGGGAUUGGUGGUCGAAGUUUAACUGCUGGAGAGUUGGAAAGGUUACAACAAGCAUUGAAAAUCCUGUCUGAUGCUGAAAAGCAGAUAAGACUUUCCAGUGAGCGUUCCACAUGGUUCACCGCAGCUCUACUACAACUUGGUUCUGGCCAUAGUUCAAACAUGAACCAACCAAGAAACAGCACUGGUGAACAUCCUAAAUCAGCAAAUGAUGCAGUGACCGAAGCAGGCAGAGAAUCAUCAUCCAGCAGGACUGCUUCUAAUUCUUUGUCUGCCUUUGGUGUUUCAAAGAAAACACUUGACCCUAAAAUAAACAGUGGUCAGUCUAGUCCUCAGGCCCUUUCCUCAUAUUCAUCUAGGCCAAGACUAAAUGGCAUUUCGGCAUAUGGAGAAUGCAGGUCUGUUGAUAGAAUUCGACAGGAUUAUACUGAAAUGAAUAUUUGUUCUGAGCAAAGGGCCUUGGUGACUGGAAACUCAGAUAACCUUGCUCAAAUUUGGAUGCGGUGCAUUGAAAAUUGUCACUCCAAGAUAUUGCAACAGCUACUUUUUGACCAUGGGAAACUAGUAUCAACCAGGCAAUGUGAAGGCCGCACAAUUGCUUUUAUAGCAUUUGAGGAUCGUGGCAUAAUGUCCCGAGUUCAAAGAUUCUUAAGCAGCAUCACAAAUUCAAUGGAGACAGUACUGAGAUGCAAUGUGGAAGUCAGAGUGGGUCUACUACAUGAGUUGAUAUCCGCAGGACUAAUACUAGAGGCUGUACCUAAAUUAAGAAGAGCCGAGUCUGACGUCUUGAGUUGUUCAUCAAAUAGUGACCGAUUAAGGGGAGCACUGAACACCUCAAGGAGAAGUUUGGAUUAUUCUGAUGAAGUAAAGAGAGAGCUAGGAUUACAGUCAGCUUCACGUUCUGUAAAUUCAGCUAGAGGGCUGGAAGUUCCCACACAGAUAUCAAAAACAUCAAUGGUUGAUGAGCAAAGGUUGGAGAGUGCUUGGCUCCAGGCUGUGGAAAAAUAUACACCUGGGAUGAUAAGUAAAUCAAGACCUGAUAAAGAUCAGGUUCUGACGCAAGGUGUUGGCAGCCCGUACCAAAGGAAGUCCUCAAUGGCUCUAGUUGUGCCCUCAAGCCAAGCAGAUGAGGAUCUUGCUCAUGAGAUAAAAGCUCUUAAGAUAGUUGACAGUUAUGGUUCCCGGAAAGACCACAGGGAACAGUGUCAAAAUGAUACUAUUUCACCGAGCAAGUUGCAUGGUAUUGAUUACAUGGAAAAUUGCGACAAUGAGAGCAUGUGCUCUGAACCCGGAAGACCUGGUUGUCACGGCCUUUUCCGCUGUUGGAGAACUCAAAAACCAAAGAGAUUGCAGGUGAAGAGACAGACGCAUAUGAAAUAUCCAUAUUCUGGCAGACAAGAUAUUGGCAAUAAUAUGGCGAGCCCUGGCCCUGGGAAUGGAAGACGCAUAUCAAAUGUUCAUGAACUGCAAAGUGACAUAUAGGUUAAUGAAGUAUUAGGACAACGAAAUCGCAUACUCGGAUCUUUUUUUUUCUGGAACUCAUUUGACUCUGAUGGCCUCAUAUUAGUGGCCUUCGUGAGAAAGGAAUUUGGUGCUGGGGCUAAUCUCUGACAGCUUUGGUCCCAGAUGGAUAUUUAGUCUUUUGAGCAAAUAUGUAUACCUGCAAGUUGAAACUUGGCAGUGUAUAAUGCGUUCACAAGGUUCUCCAGCCAAUUUAUGCUGCCUGCACUCCCAAUUUAUUUAAUGCUUCUCAUAGAGACAUUUGGUUGUAAUUUUCUUUUUACUUCAAAGAAUCGACCAGUGCCAAAUAUCUUAUGAGCGCAACUGAUUGAUAUAAAUUAUUUUUUCUAAAUUCAUUUAGCAGUCUUUUCAUUA